UGUGUGAAACUGUGAAAAUACGAUAGGUUUCAUCACAGAAUAUAACAAUUUAAUUUACAAUAUUCAAAUUAAAAAUUUAAGACGAGUAUUUAAACUAAAGGUGUUUAAGUGUAUUUUAAAUCGUAGUUUCAUAUCAGAAGUGUAGACUGCGUUUAUUCUUAUAAUGUCAAUUAUAUCAUUUAAAGGAUUUAGUUAUGCUGGUAAAAUAGUUAAAGUACCUAUUAUUCAGUGUUUUUUAGCACGAAAUGCAUCCAUUAAAAGUGAAGUGCAAGACAUUGAUAUUAUAACAACUACGGCGGAAAAUAUCUUGUCGGAAAAGGAAGUGAAUGCAAUUUGUGACAAAUCUCGCUUAAACCAUGGACAUCGCAAUAUGGUAAAUGGUCGAUUACCUUAUGAUAAACCUGUGCAUAGAUACCACAACACAGUAAAAUACAAAAGAAGAAUGUAUGGCCGUUAUGGUGAUGCCAGUAAUGUCUAUCCAGGCUUGGCAUGGCCAACACCUGAAGACUUAGAAGAUAUAAAAGAGUAUGAAAGUGUAGCCUAUCCAUUAACCAUUCAGGAAAUGCAACAAAAUGCAAUGAAGAUUAUAGAAUGUGAACGUCAAGAAAUUCUAAUGAAUCAACAAAAAAUUGAUAACAAUAUGAAAAAAUUAAACGGUUGGUUAAAUGAAGUCAAAGAAAAGUCAGCAAAAAAAUUACUUGAGGCGCAACAAGCUAAAGAAAAGAAAGAAAAACUAAUUGAAGAAGUGAAAAAACAUUUUGGGUAUAAGAUAGAUCCAAAAGAUGAUAGAUUUAAAGAAAUGCUGGUCAAAAGGGAGAAAGAAGAAAAAAAGAAAGUCAGAGAAGAAAAGAAAAAAGUUCGCGAAGAAAAACUUCUAAAUUAUUUGGAUUCAAAAGCAAAAUAGAUAAAAAAAAAAUAUUUUUUAAUAUUAUAAAUGUAAAUAAAAAUAUACAAAUUAAAUAGGUAAGGAAUGUUGUAUUUAUAUUUUUUCCAAUAACUUUCAACAUUAAUAAAUGUACUCAAUAGUGAAUCUAGGAUCAACAUUGAAAACUAGCAUAGAUAUAAUAUGUGUGACAAAUUGUUUUAAUAUAUUUUUUGAUUUUCAAAACUAUUUUAUAAUCAAGUAGGUUAGUAUUAAUAAUUAUAACAUCUACAUUUAAAUAAUAUACUAAGGACAUUUUUCAUUUUAUAAAAUUAUAUUAGUAUUCAAUCCAAAGAUAUGUUUUAUAUCAUGAUCUUUGGAAACUUAACCGAACAGCCACAUUUUAGGUUUAAAAUUAGUGAUUAGCUGAACUUACUUAUUGUUAAUAAAUUUUUUUUUAUAGAUUUUCUGUUGUAUAGAAAUCUGAUUAAUAUAUACUAUAAUAGAUUAGUGGUUUGAACUCAAUAAAGAUUCAAACUAUGUAAUUCA